AUGCAGUCGAAUAUGCAACGAUUAUGGAAUAUUUUUGCUCUCGGGCUUGUGCUGUUCCUUCUUGCGAGACUUUCGCAGACGCUUUUAACAACAACCGUGAGGGACGGUGAAGCUGAGGCUUUAAUACGUUCCACUGCUCGCCAUGAGCUAUGGGAUGAUUGUUCUUCGUUCAGACGCAUAAAGGGUUCUUGGGCGCGGGGAUGGCGAAGUGUCGUUUGCCAUGGGGAAACUUGCGCUCGCUGCCGUGUGACGGACAGAGAACUGGUGAGCGUCGACGGGGAAUCUGACAGCUGCGGCAUUUCAGGAGUAUGCGUUAGCCCAUCCUCCGAACUCGAGCGACGGUCUCAAAUACCGGGGAAGAAAGUAGCGGGACACGGGGAAGUGUUGCGUUUCUCGAACGUUCCAACGCACUGGAAAAGAAUGGACUGUGUCCACGGUUCGCUGAAAGGCAACAGCAUUCCCGUUAACGUAGAAAACGGGAAAUAUUGUAUUUUACCCGAUGGACAGGGGUUCAACGUGUUAUCGCCUGCCGCGGAAAUCGAGCGGAGUGAAAGUCCUGCGGAAAGAGCCGCGGACGAACUGGGAUCUCAUGAAGGUACUUAUUCAAGCCAGCCUGCAAGGCAGGUAGUGAAACCAUGCAAUCCCGAAAGAGGGAGACUGGUAAUGAAAGCUUCGGGAGCUACCAAGACUCUAGGCUUGAAACGGCUCAAAAAAGGCGAUCCACAUAUAACUGCCGGGCUUGUUAGCAACAAUCGCAGAGUAGCGUCAGCCACAGCCUCAGCAUCACUGCCUCCGCGUCAGCAUUAG